GCAAAAAGGGCUUUUGAUGGUGAUGAUGAGCAGCUUUCAAGCGGCCUCGUUGCUUCCUCAAAUGAUAAUAUUAGUGAUAGCAGAAAAAAGCUAAAAUCUUUACUAUGAACUGUCCCUAUUCCUCUUCCAAAUUGACUUUUUUUUCGCACCUCUCAUAUCUGAUGAACAUCUCUUUCCACUUCAAUUCAACUACCAGGCUCCAUGAUAAGUCUAUUUCUCUAUAGAUUCAUUUGCAGAAACAAAAAGAACCCAACCGCUUCCGGAUCGCUUCCCAAUAAUUUCUAGAUAGAUCGAUCCAUCGAUUCAUUAACAUCUUCUCAAAUGAUGCAAUUUACGGAGACAACCUUUCUCUCCACCCAAAACAACCAAUUUCUCAAUACCGGUUUUCCGGCUUUCCCCACCGCCGUCACUCCCCCACCGCCGCUGCCGCAACCCAAACCUCUUGAAAAUUGCAUGGAGCAGCUUUUAGUUCAUUGUGCGAACGCAAUCGAGAGUAACGAUGCUACACUUUCUCAGCAAAUUCUUUGGGUUUUAAACAAUAUCGCUCCUCCAGACGGAGACUCCAACCAACGACUCGCAUCCGCCUUCCUCCGUGCCCUAAUUACACGAGCCGCCACCUGCGGUUCCAGUAAACUCCUGUCUGCGGUUGCGGCAGCUUCUUCAGCCGCGGAAACUAUCGAGACACAUAGGUUCUCCGUCAUAGACCUGGCUGCCUUUGUAGACCUCACUCCCUGGCACCGGUUCGGUUUUACAGCUGCAAACGCAGCCUUAUUGGAUGCUGUUCUAGGGUUUCGAGUUAUCCACGUGGUUGACCUAAGUUUGACCCACUGCAUGCAAAUCCCUACGUUAAUCGACUCCAUAGCCGCCCGGCGUCCGGAGGGGCUGGCUCUGGUGAAACUAACGACGGUGGUGGGUUCUGGCCAGGGAACACCGCCGUUGCUCGACCUCUCUUACGAGGAGUUAGGGUUGAAAUUGUCGAAUUUCGCUAUGAGUAGGAAUAUCACUUUGGAAUUCACCGUGGUUAAAUCGGACCCAUCCGACGGGUUCUCAUCGUUAAUCGAUCACCUCCGAACAACCCAACGAAAUCAAAACGAAGCUUUGGUGGUGAACUGUCAGAUGAUGUUGCAUCGGAUACCGGAAGAAACUGUUUCAUUUUGUCACCGUACGAUGUUCUUGAAUUCUCUACGAGGUUUGGAACCGACCAUCGUUAUCUUGGUGGACGAGGACGCGGACUUCACAUCGAAUAAUCUCGUGACUAGGUUAAGAUCGGCGUUUAACUAUCUAUGGAUUCCGUUUGAUACCAUAGACACUUUUUUGCCCAAGGGGAGCAAGAAGAGACAAUGGUACGAGGCUGAGAUAUGUUGGAAGAUCGAGAACGUGAUCGCGAGAGAGGGGAAUCGGAGGGUGGAGAGACAAGAGACGAAAGGAACGUGGGGACAGAGGAUGAUGGCUGCGAAUUUUCAUGGGGUAGGGUUUGGGGAGGAGGCGGUUAAGGAGGUGAAGGGGAUGUUGGAAGAACAUGCGGCUGGAUGGGGGAUGAAGAGAGAAGAGGAUGAUCUUGUGCUCACUUGGAAAGGUCAUGAUGUUGUUUUUGCAACUGCUUGGAAACCUGCAAUGUAACUUUUGAUUCAUGAUUUGAUUUUGAUGAUACUGUUUAUUAGCUAGUUCUUGAUAAUACACCUUAAUUUGGAAGUGAAAGGAAAGAACAGAAUGAUGUCUUUCUUUGUAAUAGAUUGGGAUAGGUGAUUUCUGAUCAAAGGAGAUUUGACAUACUUUAGAAUUUGUCAUAAUUAGGUUUGAUUAUGUGUUUCUGCAAGCAUUAGGU